ACAUUGACAUUAAUAAAUUGAACUUUUCUAUGACUUUUCUACUAGCUCUUACUUUUCGGAUUUGAAUUAAUAUCCUUACAUUUCUAACUUAAUAAAUAUCCUACCUCUACUUAACGUACAUGCCUAACUUUUACGUUAAUGUCCAUACCGAAAAGUGUUUAUAGCUGACCAUUACACCCAAAGAAAAUAUAACCUCUGCGUUUUAAUUACACCAUUAGUUGACGAUGGAGUCGUCAGCUUUACAGGGCAUAGAGAGAGUCUGCGUGAAGGCUGAGCCAUGUGGGGAUGUGUGUACAACAAAUGAGCCCACGUCAGCGGUAAUCUCUGUGAAAGUUGAGCGUUUGCUGUAUGACGUGUGUGUAAACGACGAGUCCAGGUGCGAGGGUGUGUCUAUAAAAGCUGAACCUUCGUGCUCAGAUGUGUGUGUGAAAGACGAGUCGCUGUACACGGAUCACGCCGUGAAAGAUGAGCUCGUGCUCGGCCCCGUGCUAAUGGAGCGCCGCGUGCGCCACGCACCAACAGCUACCAAAGCAAUAGAAGUGAAGCAAUGUAAGAUUGUCCCGGGGAGGCCCUUCUUGAGGGACUGUUGUGUGAGGCUGGAGCGCCUCGCUGUGAACACGCUGCUCACUGGCACUCGGGGCACGGACCGGGACAGUUCCAGACAAUUUCGUAAAGCUGAUGUAGGGAGUGAACACAGAGACGCGGCAGUUAGGAAUCUGAAAGGAAACUAUGGUGGACAAACUCCACUGAAGAAACCGAGCGGCAGACCCGAAACUUACCAAUGUGCCCACUGUGAAUAUAAAAUAGCUAGAAAACAAUGCUUAAUUAGGCAUUUGAUGAAACAUUCUAAUGAGAAGCCAUACAGUUGUGGCCAAUGUAGCUAUGCUAGCACACGCAAACAUAGAUUACAAGUCCAUGUAUUGAAACACACUGGUGAAAAACCUUACAAAUGUGAGCAAUGUAGUUACGCUAGUACCCAGAAAAGUACUUUGCUACAACAUAAAAUGAUACACACUGCGAUAAAACCUUAUGAAUGUGGCCAAUGUAGCUAUGCUAGCAGACGCAAACGUGACUUGCGAAUCCAUGUGAGGAAACACACUGGUGAAAAGCCAUACAAAUGCGAACAAUGUAGUUAUGCUAGUGCCCGGAUAGGUAAUUUGCAAAUACAUAAAGUGAUACACACUGCGACAAAACCUUAUGAAUGUGGCCAAUGUAGCUAUGCCGGCAGACGCAAACGUGACUUGCUAAUCCAUGUGAGGAAACACACUGGUGAAAAGCCUUACAAAUGCGAACAAUGUAAUUAUGCUACUGGCGCCAAAAUUAAUUUACGGAUUCAUAAACGAAAACACACUGGUGAAAGUUACAAAUGUGACCAGUGCAGCUAUGCCUCCAGUUAUAAGAGAUGUCUGCUGAUGCAUAUAACAAAGCACACUGGUAAAAAACCUUAUAAAUGUGACCAGUGUAGUUACGCUAGUGCCCAAAAGUGUCAUUUACUAAUCCAUAAACGAAAACACACUGGUGAAAAGCCUUACAAGUGUGAGCAGUGUAGUUACGCUUGUGCCCGUAAAAGUACAUUGCAUAUUCAUGUAAGGAUACACACUGGUGAAAAACCUUACAAAUGCGACCAAUGCGAUUAUGCUAGUGCCCGCACAUGUGAUUUACGAAGUCAUAAACGAGUACACACAGGUAAUAGUUACAAAUGUGACAAACCGGUCACUAAACUUAGUUCUGAUAGUCUUUGUAAGAAAGGCCUAGGAAAUAAAAGUAAAUAUACAAAUGAGAUACACAAGUGUGACCUUACAAGUACAAAGAAUUGUUCACCAGACCUUGAAGGACCUUAUAAAGGUGCAGAGGCCAGUUGCUUGUGGGCCUCGCCAUCCGAGCACGACCACACUUACGCGUGGCGCGAGGCCACACCGGCGCCGGGGCCCAGCGCCGCUCCUCCAGGCCUCGCGAGCGGCGACCACGAGCGCUCGCGCGCGCAGAGCGAGGCGCGCGGCCUCGCCGAGUCGGACACGGAGACCCCGAGAACGACAGCGGCACCAACAUACGGGCAGUUUGCUAAAUGACUGCUUUUAGAAAUUAAGCGCUCGGAUAGGACUUGCUGACUUCAAGACCGGUUUAAUCAUCUGAGUCUAUUUCGAUAUCGAUUCAUGAGGUACGCGGGGAGCUUUCAACCUCGCAACCGGACACGUUGAUACAGAAAACGAAAUUGUUGAAGUUUUGAAUACAGGAACACCCUCGAAAGUUUUUGGAGAUUUAGACGAGAAUUUGAAUGCAAGUUUUCACUCAGAAAGAUUCUUGUGGGAAAAAUAUUAAUACUAUUAAUAAUUUAGCCUAUAUACGUCCCACUGCUGGGCACAGGCCUCCUCUCAAACACAUUACCUAUUUAUCAC